GAAUCAAUUAUGUCUAAACAAAAAACCGUUGAAACAAUCGGCCGCGAACCAAACUCAGCGGUCGUAUUUCAUGCGCUUCCACGUCACGAUUCUCCCGCCGACCCUAAAGACCUAUCGAGAGAACCUACCAAAGAAGAGCAUUGGCAGGAUAAAGAACAUCUUGUUCAUCCGCCGACUCUCAACGAUCCUAAAGGCAUCGUUGGACAUCUUCAAAAUGAUUGGGAAAAAGAGCAUCCAAAGAAUUCCGCAAGAGAACAUGAACAUGGUGGUACUGAAGAAUCUCAUGAAAGUCCUCAUACUGAAUCGCAUUAA